UUUCUACAGAGUCAGAAUCAGGAUGAAGGGACGGGAAGAUGAUAUUCAAGACCGAGGCUGUUUGGUGGGAAUCAUUUUCUUUAUUUUGGGCCUGGGAACGCUGCUGCCAUGGAAUUUCUUCAUUACUGCUUCACUGUACUUCCAAGAGCGCCUCAAUAACUCCCAGACAGAGUUGUUCAACAGGACAGGAAACAUCACGGGGCCGGUCCACAAAGAGUACUACUUCAACAACUGGAUGACCUUACUGUCCCAGCUGCCCCUGCUGCUCUUCACCCUGCUCAACUCCUUCCUGUACCAYAGGAUAUCAGAGGCGGUGCGUAUGGCCGGCAGCCUGGUCUUCAUCCUCCUGCUCUUCAUCCUCACAGCAGUGCUGGUUAAAGUGCCCACAAGCAAGGACACCUUCUUUUCUGUCACCAUGGCCACCAUCUGGUUCAUCAACUCUUUCGUGGCCGUGCUGCAGGGCAGUUCGUUCGGUCUGGUGGGUCUGCUMCCUCAGAAGUACAGCUCCAUCUUCAUGAGCGGUCAGGGGCUGGCAGGGACCUUCGCUGCCAUCGCCAUGCUCCUCUCCACAGCCAGUGARGUGGACUUUGAGUCUGCAGCUCUGGGUUACUUCAUCACACCCUGCGUGGGAACGCUCCUCACGCUCUGCAGCUACCUGCUGCUGCCUCGCCUGAUCUGGGUCAUGGCGUUCUGUGUGACGUUUGUGUUCACGGURACUCUGUCCGUGUUCCCCGCCGUCACUGUAGACGUCAAAACAUCGUUCCCAGGAGGAUGGGACCGUUACUUUAUCUGUGUGUGCUGCUUCCUGACCUUCAACAUCAACGACUGGCUCGGCAGAACCAUCACCACAUGGAUCCGCUGGCCUGGUAAAGAGUCCCUUCUGUUCCCGGUGCUGGUGGUCUGCAGGGUGGUGUUCGUCCCCCUGSUCAUGCUGUGUAACGUCCAGGAUCGUUACUACCUGCCUGUGUUCUUCACACACGACGCUGCGUUCGCCUUCAUCAUGGCUCUGUUCUCCCUGUCCAGUGGUUACUUCGUGUGCCUGUCCAUGUCCUACGCUCCACAGAUGGUGGACCCUAAAGAUGCAGAGACCGCGGGAGCCCUGAUGACCUUCUUCCUGUCUCUGGGUCUGUCCAUCGGGGCCGCUCUGUCCUUCCCCCUGCGGAGUCUGGUCUGACCCCACCAGCAGCAUCUGUACUGACAGCGGGCUCCUCCUCCUCCUCGACACACUCCUCCCAUCAAACCUUUUAUUUAUUUCUGCUUCUGCAUCUGUGAGGUGCUGGCAGACAAUUCAGUGAAAAAUGACAGAAUUCCCCUUUAAAAGUGAGGAAGACGUUACAGAACCACUGCCGACCGGAGGACCGUGAUGUUUUAUGGGUUCUGCAUGUUUGGAUUUGGAGCAGAGCUCCGAGGCAGAAAGAGGAAACUUGUUUUUGGGCCUUUAUUUUAUAGCUGAAAUCUUUAGUUUUUACACUGGGUGACUUUUGGGAUGAAAUGAAUGUUUUGUUUUCCAUUGAAUCUCAUGUAUUUUGUAAGUUUUCUUGUAUUUUCUCAUGAAUUUAACAGGGUGUUGAAUGAGCAGAAUAACAGGCUGUCAUCUUGUUGAAGUCUCUUCAGGCUCACAGACUGAACCUGAGAUUCUUGUUCAGCAAGAAGAGUCUGAACCAGCUGGAGACUGAAGUUCAGACACAGAAAAGCUAAAUAAACUGAAAGAUGCUGAUCAGUAACUUGAGUUGUUCCAGUUUU